AUGGAACUCCCGCCGGCGACCGCCCUGCCCUCUCAAUCCCCCGGCCACCAAAUCCCCGACGCCCUGAUCACCGACAUCCUGUUCCGCCUUCCCCUCUCUCCCUGCACCGUCCGAUUCCGCUGCCUCAGCAAAUCAUGGUGCGACUUCCUCACCAAACCCUCCUCCAUCGCGAAAACCCUAUCCUCCUCUGCUUCUCCUCCCGACCACCAAUUCCUCUUCGAAUGGAUCGAGCGCACCGAAAACAGAUCCGUCCGGUUUCACAGCUGGCAUCCCUCCGACACACCGGAGCGGAUCCAGAUGCCCUUCGAUCCGGCCAAGCCGCGCCGCCCGGACGUGAGAUUCGCCGGAUGCUGCAACGGCCUGCUCUGCCUAAUCCAGUGGGACGGAAAGCAGGACGAUCCGAUCCUCUGGAACCCGGCGACAUCGGAGACCAAGAUCGUCCCGCCUUCCCCUUUCGAGCGCCGGUCUGAUUGUUCGUCCAGCGCGAUCGGGUUCGGUUUCGACCCGGAAUCGAACGACUACAAAAUCGUCAGGCCGCUCUACAUCGAGUCCUGCUGCUUCCGAUCCCUCUAUUUCCUCGAGAUCUACAGCCUGCGGAACGAUUCGUGGACGAAAUUGGACGAUUUCCCGUCGCUGAGCUCCGGGAACAUCCCGCAGUGCCGAAUGGGGAAGCUGUACUGGUGGAGAUUGAGCGGGGAGAGGACUCUGGUGUUCGAUUCGUUCGACGUCGGCAGGGAAGCGUUUGGGAAAGUGGAGGUGCCCUGUCCUAAUUCCGAGAAGGAGUACAACACUCCUGUUUGUCUGUUGAAUGAGGAAUCGAUGGUGGCGGUUUUCCCCGAUUACAACGGCUACGAGGAUACCGACGAGGACGACGAUGAGUUUGAAGGGAGGAGGGAGAGGCGGAGCUCGUCGUGGGAGAUUUGGGUGAUGUUGAAGUACUGGGUGCCGGAGUCGUGGACGAAAUUGUACGUCGUGACGAGUCCCGUGGAUAUGACGAUAGAGUAUUGCGCGGGGAUUUCGAGGAAUUUGAGGUUCUUCUUUGCGGCAUUUUCUAGUGAUCUGAUGAACGAGAAGGGGUAUUACGACGGAGAUCAUGGUCUCGUUACGUUUGAGCUCGAGACGGGAAAGUUCAGCAAUGUUGCUGGAAUUCAAGGAACCCGAUUCGAAGUCGUGACUAAUUAUGUGCCAUCUCAAGUUUCACUUCAAAAUUAG